ACUUUAUCUCAGGUAAUCAAUUUUCGACUGUUCACGAAAAUAUUUCAAAAUUUAACCAAAACAUGGUAAGAGCAGUAGAAUGAAGAUGAUUUUUUCUGAAUCGAAGCUGUCAUUCUAGCCAUGACAAAUGUAUAGUCUUUGGAUUAGACUGAAAAGGAAUCAAAUUCCCUUUUUCUUUUUGAGAACUUCCCAACCAUUCAAACACCGAAGUUUUUACUCCUCCAUUUCGACAUCCCAAGAUCCUGAUGCUAAUUCAAACCCACAAAAAUUUGUAACCGAUUCUUCACCACAUUCAUCAGCACAAAAAUUUGGAAACAGACCUUAUAAUCUGAAUGAGUUUAACUGCAUAGUGCUGUCCAACAAGAAAAUAACUUCCUAUAUUCGAUGUGGAGACUUGGGUUCAGCCAUAAGAGUGUUCGAAAACAUGAAAAUGAGGACUACAGUUACAUGGAAUUCAAUUCUUGCCGGAAUUUCAAAGCAGCACGGAAGUAUUAAACAAGCCCAGGAGCUGUUUGAUCGAAUUCCUGAACCAGACACUGUGUCUUACAAUAUUAUGUUGGCUUGUUAUUUGAAUAAUUCAGACGUUGAGGCAGCUAAGGAUUUCUUUGAUAAAAUUCCGGUUAAAGAUACUGCAUCUUUAAAUACUAUGAUUUCAGGAUUCUCACAAAACAGGAUGAUGAGUGAGGCUAAUGAAUUGUUCUAUGUAAUGCCAGAGAGAAAUGCUGUGACAUGGAAUGCUAUGAUAUCAGGUUAUGUUGAAGCUGGAGAUUUGCAAUCGGCUUUGAAGUUGUUUAGAAAGGCCCCGGUGAAGAGCGUGAUAGCGUGGACAGCGAUUAUAACUGGAUAUAUGAGGUCUGGGAAGGUUGAAUUGGCAGAGAAGACAUUCCAAGAAAUGCCGGAAAAGAACUUGGUUACAUGGAAUGCAAUGAUUGCAGGUUAUGUCGAAAAUGGUAGAGGGGAGGAUGCAUUGAAGCUUUUUAGGACAAUGGUGGAAUUAAAAGUUAAGGCUAAUGCAUCGAGCUUGAGUAGUGUUCUAUUGGGUUGUAGUAAUUUGUCGGCUCUGAAGUUGGGGAGACAAGUUCAUCAGCUUGUAUGCAAGGCUCCAUUGUAUUUGGAUGCAACAGUGGGGACUUCAUUGAUUAGCAUGUACAGCAAGUGCGGCGAAUUGGAUGAUGCCUGGAAAUUGUUUCUUGAGAUGUCACUUAAAGACGUGGUCACUUGGAAUGCUAUGAUUUCAGGGUAUGCUCAGCACGGGAAUGGGGAUAAGGCGCUUAGUUUGUUUGAUGAAAUGAGAAAUACAGGAAUGAGGCCGGAUUGGAUAACCUUUGUUGGAGUUUUAUCUGCUUGCAACCAUGCAGGAUUAGUAGAUCUUGGGAUUGAAUAUUUUGAGACGAUGCGCGAGGAUUAUGGAAUUAAGCCUCGACCUGAUCAUUAUACAUGUAUGGUUGAUCUUCUUGGUCGAGCUGGUAAGUUAGCUGAAGCUAUGGAUUUGAUAAAGAAAAUGCCCACCAAACCUCAUGCCGCUAUAUUUGGAACACUUCUUGGUGCUUGCAGGAUCCAUAGAAACUUAGAUGUGGCAGAGUUUGCCGCUGAAAACUUGCUCAGUCUUGAUCCACUCAAUGCAGCUGCCUAUGUUCAACUUGCUAAUGUUUAUGCUGGGAAGAAAAGUUGGGAAUGCGUUUCAAAAAUUCGAAGAUCUAUGAAGGAAAAUAAAGUUAUUAAAACACCGGGAUACAGUUGGAUUGAAGUAAAGAAUGUCAUCCAUGAGUUCACAUCAGGCGAUAGGCUUCAUCCGGAACUGGAAUACAUACACGAAAAACUUAAUGAGCUUGAGAAGAAAAUGAAAUUGGCUGGUUAUGUGCCUGAUCUUGAAUCUUCUUUGCAUGACGUGGGGGAGGAGCAGAAAGUGCAGCUACUUCUUUGGCACAGUGAGAAGCUAGCAAUUGCCUUCGGACUAAUAAAAGUGCCGCUAGGGACGCCAAUCAGGAUUUUCAAGAACCUCAGAGUGUGUGGGGACUGCCACCAAGCCACAAAAUUUAUAUCAGCAAUCGAAGGUAGAGAGAUCAUCGUAAGAGAUACAACGAGAUUUCACCAUUUCCGGGAUGGGAAGUGCUCUUGUGGAGAUUACUGGUGAACCUGAAAACGGUGGCUGUGAUCCAUCCAGUGCAACAUACCACAAGUCCAAUUGCACCUGACUAUGCAGAUUUUUGCACGUAGCGAAGAAAGGGGGACAAGCUACAGAGUCGUAUGCUGCAUUCGAGAAAGUUAGGUUGCUCCUUAAAAGGAGUGUAUUGAUUCUCUCUCGAUUGGUUGAAAUUGACCGAUGGUGUGAUGAUUUAAAUUUUA